AUGAUUUCAAUAGCAGAGGAGAUUGGAGGUACGGACAAGCCUCACAACAACAAACCGCUUAGUUUCUCCAUCAGCCGGAUCCUUCAUGGAGAAGAUGACAACACACCAGCAGACGACAAGCCAGCUUCUCCAGGGAGCGACACAGAGUCGGAAGAAUAUCCCAGAGUUCUACGCCUGCACGCGGCCACCGUGCACCAUUACGCGCCAUACACAGAGACAGACGGAUAUGCACAUUUCGAGGCUAUAGUGCGUCCACGUGCCUGCAGUACACCAGAGAAUGAGUUCCCCUCACCGACUGCCACUUCGCACCUUCACGCGCUCCACAUACCUUUCUCGGGCGCCCUUGGGUCCACCCGCCACAACCCCUACACGAUCCCCGGUCGACACCCGCUUACUAGCCACAACACGUUCGUACAUCCGGCCGGAUAUUUUGGCCACAGAACUGUUCCAUGUGUCCAGCAAACAGCCAACAGUUUUAGGACAAGUGUAAGUGAAUAUGCUGAAAACACUACUGAAAUUGUAAAACACAACGAGACUAAUGAUGGCGGUCAUUCCAAUCGGAGCACACCGGAACCGGAAGUUCAUUAUGGUGCGUCUAUUCACAGUGAUAAAAGCUUAGACUCUAUGGGUGAAAGUUACCACCAGUCACCGAGUCCUUUCAAAACAAAGAAGAAGAAGAAGACAAGAACAGUGUAUUCCAGAAAUCAAGUGUUCAAGCUCGAGGCAGCGUUUGACUUGAAACGCUACUUGUCAAGCGCGGAGAGGUCUGGACUAGCUACUUCACUUAACUUGUCCGAAACCCAGAUUAAGAUCUGGUUUCAGAACAGACGAAAUAAGUGGAAGCGACAGAUCAACGGGGAAAUGAACGAAAUCCCACUUCCUCCUGCUUAUGCGGCAUCCUACUUGCAGACAUCUUUUCCUCAAUCCUCAUUGGCAAGUUAUGAUCACAUUACAGACGCACGCGACGAUCUUUUGCGCAGGAGUUGCACUGUUCCGGCAUACUACUCACAUCCAUACGCCACGGGAAAAGCAGUUCCAAAAUAUUUGUAG